AUGCCGACUGCGUCAACAGGUAAACCGGGUAGCUUGAAGGAUCCCGCUAUUGCUUCGUUAUUCUCUGUGAAAGAUCCGGAACAGCGUUUCGAAGAUCUGCGUGAAAUUGGUCAUGGCUCGUUUGGAGCUGUUUUCUUCGCGCAGGAUUUGGAAACAAAUACAACGGUCGCAAUUAAGAAAAUGGCUUUUUCCGGCAAACAGUCGGCUGAAAAGUGGUCUGAUAUCAUCAAAGAAGUGUCCUUCCUGAAAAAUAUCAAACAUGAAAAUAUUGUUGAAUAUCGGGCAUGUUAUCUAAAAGAACAUACUUGUUGGUUAGUGAUGGAAUACUGUAUUGGUUCUGCAGCAGAUAUAGUUGAAGUGCAUCGUAGCCCAAUACGGGAAUGUGAAAUCGCUGCUAUUAUUGAGCAGACACUUUUUGGGCUCUCCUAUCUGCAUAAAUUAGGACGUAUACAUCGAGAUGUAAAAGCUGGAAAUAUUCUUUUAACCGAUAAUGGCAUCGUUAAACUUGCUGAUUUUGGAAGUGCUUCCACUUUAUGUCCUGCUCAAAGUUUUGUCGGUACGCCAUAUUGGAUGGCUCCUGAGGUUAUUUUGGCAAUGGAUGAAGGGCACUAUGACCAGAGUGCAGAUAUUUGGUCUCUUGGAAUUACUUGUAUUGAAUUAGCGGAACGACGUCCCCCUCUUUUCAACAUGAAUGCAAUGUCCGCGCUAUAUCAUAUUGCUCAAAAUGAUCCCCCAACGCUUUCACAUGGCGAGAAUUCUUCAGCGUGGUCUACAGACUUUCACUCAUUUGUGGAUCUUUGCUUACACAAAGAUCCACGAGAGAGAAUGAAAACAGGUCCUUGUCAACAACAUCCAUUUAUUGUAAAAGGACGUUUGGAUGGUGUAAUUUUGGAAUUGAUAACAAGAACAAAGGCAUUAGUCAGCGAUUUGGACAACUUCCAGUACAGGAAAAUGAGAAAAUUAGUUUAUCUUGACGAGCAGCAAAGUAUUGGGACCGAUGAUACGAUGACAACGGAUCGGCAUGAUGCGACGGUUUACAUGGUUUUGCAGGAUGAAGAAUUAUCAGGAAUAGGUGGCUCGGCAAGUUCGCGGUCAAAUUCGAUUUCUUCAUUCCAGUCGUACCAUUCAAGUGCUCCUAUUUCCGAUACUCAUCAUGGGGACAAUGGCAAGGUCAUUACUCCACGUUCUCUUAUUCCUCUUCGUGUUCUUUCAUCAGCUGGCUCUGAUAUCAGCAGCAUUAAUGAUGAGUUGGAUAACAUUGACAAAAAUCGGACAAUAAUUCACGUUGGUGACGGAGGAAGCCACUGCAUGCAUUCGAUGCAUGAAUCACCACUUGUUGAAGAAACUUCGUCAGAAAUGCCAACAUCCACUUUAGCGUCAGACGAAACUGCGAGGCCGAUUAAUGAGGAAAUGGCAACUCUUCGACGGUCGAAGUUUUCUACGUUGCGAACGACGAAACUGAUUUCAAAAGAAGUGGAAGAAUAUAAUAGGGAGAAUAAUAUAUACGAACAGAUGAGCGGUUAUAAACGUUUACGUCAACAACAUCAGAAGGAAUUGAAGCAGCUCGAUGAGAAAUGUGCAAUGGAAAUGGAGUCGUUUAAACAAAAAGCUGAUAAAGAAUAUGAAAAUCUUUUAAAUGCUUUUAGUAAAGAAUUUCAGCGUUUACGUAACAAUCAAAAUGCUGAAAAAGAUAAAAAGCUCCGUGAAUAUGAUGAGACAGAGCGUAGGUUACGACGUCAGUUAAAUUCGCAGCAUGAAAAUGAGCUAAAGGCAUUCUCCAGUGCUCAAAAGAAGGAAUAUAAGCACAAUAAAGAGAAAGCGAAACUGGAAUUGAAAGAACGCUAUGGGAUGCGUUCUGCAUAUGAAAGUGCAUUAAAGGAGACAAAAGCUGUUCUAAAUGCACGGCGUACUGAUGCAAAAGCAGUAUUUACUCGUGAACAGAAAAUAACGAUGGAAAACGAAAUUCGUAGGUUAAAGGGAGCGCGUAUGAUUGAAAUGCACGCUUUGAUUGAGAAAUUGACUGCAGAUGAAUUGAAGUUCAAAGGAAAACAAUUGGAAACAAGUCAUGCUCUGUUAAGAAAACAUCAUGAGCAGACAAAAGAACUUGAAUUAUCACUUCUAAUUGAGAGUCAGCGCAUGAAGCGACGACAUUUGGAAAAACAGCAUGAAGCUGAAACUUCAAAUCAGUUACAGUAUAAUCAGAGAGUUACAGAUGAAACUAUGAAGCGACAUGCUUUGCAAUCAAAACAACAACCCAAAGAAUUGAAGGCAAAAGAGUUACAAAUAAGAAAACAAUAUCGACAGGCAGUGAAAACACAGUUGAGGCAAAGCAAACUGCUGCAAGCUCAAGUUUUAAGCUCCACGCCAAAGGAAGAACAUAGGGAAAUGAUAGUAAAAUUGAAGGAAGAGCAAAAGAGAAAAUUAGCAACAUUAGCUGGACAGUAUGAAAGCACCAUCGAAAGUUUAUUACGGGAUUUGACCGUUAAAUUAGAAUCAUGGCAG